AUGCCUCCAGCCGAAGCACAGGAUGUUGGCUUUGAGACCGCCCUUGCCUUGGCGCGUGAAGAUGACGACAAGAAUAAGAGCCUUCUCUACUUGAAGCCCUCUUCCUACCAAUCUCUUCUUGUGCGCUUGCAGAGUGAGAUAUGCUUUGGACUCGACCUCGACCUCGGCAACUCCGACUCCGACUCCGACUCCGACUCGGAACCAGAGUACGAUGCUGACACCGACCCCGAGUCCCUCCUUGACAAGCUUCGGAUCGAAUACGACCCCAUCAAUGGCCUUCUGAGCUUCAAAAUGCCCGAGUCGCGGAUCCACUCCGCCUUUGCUGCCCAGGUCUCCCACAGCAUCACUGCUGCCACUUGCCCUUUCCUUCCAGUCUUCCAGGCCCUCGGCGCACCCAAUAUCACUCUCAUGCCCGGUAGCAGCACGAACAACAAGAUCAGGGGCAACAGGUAUCCUGAUAUUUCUUGGGGCCGCCUCUGUCUGGAAACAAACCCGCCCGUUGUCGCCAAAGUCGCCUACACCGACCCGACCAAACUCUCCAGACUGCAAAGGAGGUGCGAGGGCUUCCUCAAAGGCACGCAUGGCCUCCGCCAGGUCCGUACCGUCAUUGCUUUCAAUAUUUACAAUCCCACCGCGCCGUCCAACUUGGUGGCCAUCAUGCAUCACCUCAACCAGUGCUCCGUUGGCGUCUAG